UGAUUUUUUAAAAUUUGUAGAAGGUCGGGCCCUUGCCCUAGAGAACAGUGAGGGACGGGGUGAUACAGCAAGCUGUGCUGCUGGCAAGGUAGCUCCAGUGAAGAUGGCAUCAUCAUCAUUUGUCACUACCAAAGCAUCCCAAGGCUGUCUGUACUGUGUGCCUGUUGUCGCAGCCUGAGGAGCUGCGCGAUCCUGAUGCCGCACCCAGCUUGGUUCACACACAGUUUGGUUACAUAGUAGGAGGUGAUGUUCCAUCUUCUAUUCUUAAACAACCUGCUGUUUCUCUUUUCUGUCAAGAAUGUCAAACUGAUGUACGCGAUACUAUGUCUAAUUUUUGGCAAACAGAAAAAGUACCUGAAAUAUAUGCGGAACAUACAUCUGAACAACAACAGUGCGAAAAAUUGUUCACUGAAACUGUCAAACUUGAAGACAAUCAAUUUACAGUUUCAUUGCCAUUAAAAAUACCUAUCUAUGAUGUGAACAAUACAUUGGGGGAUUCAUUUGGGUUAGCGCUCAAGAGAUUUUAUAAUCUCGAGAAGAGAUUUCAGAAGGAUCAGAAUUUGUAUGAAGGUUAUAAGGAUUUCAUACAUGAAUAUCUCGAUUUAGGUCAUGGAUCAUAUGUUGACAUUUCCUCAUAUGAUCUUACUAAAGAUCCUGUGUACUUUAUGGGACAUUCAGCUGUUUUAAGGCCGGAUGCAGUAAGUACCAAGCUCCGGGUAGUCUUUGAUGGAUCUAUGUUAACGAGUAAUAAGAUUUCAUUGAAUAAUAUUUUAAUGAAUGGACCAACUGUUCAACAGGAACUGUUCGACAUACUUUUGUCAUUUAGAGUGCACAAAUAUUUCAUUGCUUGUGAUAUCAGGCGUAUGUUCCGAAAUAUUUUAGUACAGAAAGAUCAGCGAUCUUUGCAAAAUAUUCUCUGGCGAGACACUCCUAAUGAGUCACUAAAAUGUAUUCAGCUAAACACAGUUUGCUAUGGAAUGAAGUCAUCAAGUUAUCUUUCAACAAGAUGCUUGAACGAGCUGGCUACGAAAUUCGAGAGGCAAUAUCCUCUAGCUAGUUCUGCAAUACUAAACUCUACCUAUGUAGAUGACAUCAUUCAUACAGAGGAUAGUUUGGCAAAGAUUGUUGACACUCAAACUCAAUUAAUAGAAUUACUUGCUAAAGGUAGUUUUAAACUACAUAAAUGGGCAGCUAAUGACUCUUCAAUUUUGACAAAUAUUCCAGCAGAGCAGCAGGUUGUUGGAGAACUGGAACUGAAUAAGGACAUCAAAACUUUAGGUUUAAAGUUAGAUAUUGACUCUGAUUCUUUUAAACUUUCAUGUCCAGUGUCAAAAAAUGUCCCUAAAACAAAAAGACAAAUUUUAAGUUACAUAAGCCAAUUCUAUGACCCUUUAGGUCUAGCGGGACCCGUUUUUGUCCAAGCUAAAAUCAUUAUGCAAAAAUUGGCUCAGGCUUGUACCGACUGGGACUCAGUGCCCUCGCCUAUUUUACUAAAAGAAUGGCUUGAAUUUUACAAUGAUUUGCAGACAAUGAAAGAAAUUAAAAUAAAACGAAAUGUUACUGUUGAUAACAUUCAGUCAGCUCAGCUAGUAGCAUUUGGUGAUGCCUCAAUUUCUGCAUAUGGAGCAGCCAUUUAUUUAAGAGUCACUGACAAGCAUGGCAAAGUAUCGAUGUCGCUUCUUUGUUCUAAGAGUCGCAUUGCAUCUAAAGACAAGAAGUUGACUGUGCCACGAUUAGAAUUAAAUGCAUCUCUUUUGAUGGCAAAAUUAUGCUUUAGAGCAUACAAUACUUUAAGUAAAAAGAUAUCUAUUGAAAGUGUGCAUCUUUUCAGUGAUUCUCAGGUUGUUUUGGCAUGGCAAAAAACGGAUCCAACAAAACUAAAUGCUUAUGUUGCUAAUAGAGUCAAAUUAAUCAACGAAUAUACAAAGGGUUUUCAAUGGUUGUAUAUAAAAACAGACCUCAAUCCUUCUGAUUGUUUGAGUCGAGGUGUAAAACCUAGUGAACUACAAAGUAACCAACUGUGGUGGUGCGGACCGACUAGCAUGUCUGAUCCAGAGUAUAAAUUUACCGAUGAUAGUAAUACUGUACCUGACAACUUACCGGAGAUCAAGCAUGCUGAUGGUUCCAAGCCGGUGUGUAUGGCAUCAUAUCAAUCGGUUUCUCUUGCAAAUGAUUUGUUAGAUAAGUUUUCUAACAUUAAUAAGGCAGUUAACGUGCUUGCCUACAUACAAAGAUUCUGUAAAAAUGUAAGGCCGGGUUCACAAAAAAUAAAGCUUAAUUUUAUUACUUUUAGCGAGGCAACCCAGGCAUUGCAUAUGUUUAUAAAGAAUGAGCAGGAAAGGUUCUUUGAUAAAGAGCUGGCCUCUUUGCGGGCAGGUAGGCAAGUUUCGUCGUAUUUACUAUCUGUCAACCCCUUCAUUGAUGCUAACGGUAUUCUCAGAGUAGGUGGACGUUUGCAACACUCCUCCUUACCUUAUAGCCAUAAGCAUCAGAUAAUCUUACCAAAAGAAUCUAAGGUCACUUACCUUAUUAUUGAAAAUGAACAUUUAAAGCUUUUACACGCCAGUCAGAAAGAAUUACUUAGCAAUUUAAGUCAACGCUAUUAUAUAGUUAACGGUUUGAGAUUGGUAAAAAAGUUUGUGAAUAAAUAUCUCACAUGUUUUAGACUGAAAGGUGAAACAGCAAAACAGCUGAUGGGUUCAUUGCCCGCUGGUAGAGUCAGCAUAGAUCGAGUGUUUGCUAAGAACCGUCCUAAAUGGAAGGCCGCCUUGCCUAAUAUUAAAGUAGGUGCUCUAGUUAUCUUGCGUGAAAUAGAUACUCCGCCUAUGACUUGGCCUAUGGCUAGAGUUACCAAGGUUUUUCCAGGUCAGGAUGGAAAGAUAAGAGCCUUAGAAGUAAAAAAGGCUAAUGGUAAAGUUCAUACAACUUCUAUUACUAAAGUGUGUAUACUACCUUUAGAUGAAUAG